AAAGGGACGCAGAGCCUCGGUGUUCACGAGUCUGCACAGCACCCAUCCGCCACCGCUAUCCGCCCAAUUUCUUUUUAAUUGAACCCCUUUUACUCCCGCUCGCAGGCAUUGCUGCAGGACUAGGAUGACUGGGAAGACCCAGACCAGCAACGUGACCAACAAGAAUGACCCUCGCUCACUCAACUCCCGCUGCUUUAUCGGCAACCUGAACACGGCCGUAGUGACCAAGGGCGACAUCGAGGCCAUCUUCGCCAAAUACGGCAAGAUCGUGGGCUGCUCCGUGCACAAGGGCUACGCCUUCGUCCAGUACGCCAGCGAGAGGAACGCCAGGGCGGCCGUAACCGGGGAGAACUCCAGGGUCAUCGCAGGACAAUCACUAGAUAUCAACAUGGCAGGAGAGCCCAAACCAUACAGGCCUAAGAUGGCCUCCAAGAGGCCUCUCUCGUCCCUCUACAGCGGCUACGAGUUUGACUAUGACUACUACAGAGACGAUUUCUACAGCAGACUCUUUGAGUACCACGGUCGUGUCGUGCCCCCGACCCGUGCAGUGAUCCCCAUCAAACGUUCGCGGCUAGUCGUCCAGUCCAAACGCAGAGCCAAAUCCUCUUUUCCAAUCAGGGCCUGUUCUCCCUCCUCCUCCUCCUCUUCCUCCUCCCGAGCACUCAAUGCCGGCUCUUCCAUCACAGUCCCUAAGCUGAAGACAGACCAGCUCCUAAUAAUCAAGAAGGAGCUGUCACAGAUCAAGAACAAGAUCGACUCUCUGCUGGGCCGGCUGGAGAAGAUUGAGAGGCAACAUCGCUCUGACGGCGACAUGCAGAGGAACCAGGAGCAGGUUUGUGAGCGUCUCCAUGGUGACCACUCGAGUGCGGAGGAGGCGGCCGAGGUGGAGGCGGGGGAAAUGACGGACGGCGGUGAAGACGACUUUGAAGAUGAAGGAACCGGGGAUAUGAUUGAGAACCACAUAUCAGACAUUGACAACUGAGAAAGCCAGGGGAAAAAGGAAGUGUAUAGUUGAAGAAGCUGGGAGAAGAGAUACCAGCAAAACCUUCUUGAUCAAGAAGGUGCAUUUGAAAUUAAAGGAAAGCAAUGACGGGAGUGACUGACAGCAGAGGAACUCGUUUUUUUUGCUUCUUUGCCUCAUUAUAACAUGACACUCCUGAUGUGUACUUCAUCAAAAAUGCUGGUAGUGAAUAUCCUCCAGAAUACUGCGAGAUCAACCGCAAAGAGCAAUCAAUAAUUUACCUUCAAGCUGAUUGCAUAUCUGAAAAAAUAAGGACAAUAUAUUGUGCGCUUACUAUAUUUUGGUCUGUAUUGUGCAUAUAAUACAGUGUUCAAUGAGAUGAACCAUGACAUGCCCUCUUUUGUUGUUACUUUUUUCCUGUUUUUGUGCUUUCAAAACUUGCUAGCCUCGGCGCAGGCAGGAAGCUAAAUUCAAUGCAGGAAAAACACUUCAUAAUUAUGUGAUUUUGCUUAAUUUGUACAUUUUGCUGAAAUGUACAGUAGACAGUAUGUAAUUUAUUCACAAUGUCUCCACACAGUGUUGUGUAUGCAUAUCAUUUUUGCCGUUUGUUACACAUGAUGAAAUGCAUUUUAAAUUAAUUUUGCAUUCUGUAUUGUUUACUGUCUGCAUGUUUUAAAUGUGGCUAUUAUGGAUUAUUUGUAUUCAUUGUAUCUGUUGUGCAGCUAUGGAUUAAAGACGUUUUUGAAAUAAACCCGUUCCUCUCAACAAAAAGAAAAAAAACAGCCGGCCUGAGUGUUGUGGCUUCAAUCGUGAAGGAGAAAACGUGCACUGUGAGGGUUUUAUGCUCAGUACAAAAAAGUUAUUUUCACUUCAUGGCUUGCAGAACAACUUCAAGAAUCUUUUAUUAACAGUGUAUGACAUGAGAAGCACUCACAAGUUUAAACCAGCCUCCAAACAUAUUUAUCCUCAUUAGCAACAUGGCUGUUGGUCCAUCUGUUUGUCUGUAAAGUGUCACCACUUUAGUUUAAAUUAAAAUAUGAUGGUUUGAGGUUUGUCAUGAACAUUUGUUUAGAUAUUUAUGUUCCCGAAAAGAUGAAUCCUGCUGACUUUGUCGAUCCACCUCAGCAAAAUCAUGAAUUUGACUUCUGUAUUUGAUGAAAAUGUUUCAGGAAAUCUGAUUUGAUUGCUAUGAAAUUCUGUUGGGUGAUAUAAAUAUAGCUUGUAGAUUGAAGGAAUUUAAUUGGCAACUAUUCUUUUUAUCAGUCAUUUCAUGGCAACUGGUUUUUAUAUGUGAUGCUUUGACGCUUUUACCAUGUCAUUAUUUUCACAAUUUGAUUAAACAAGCAUUGUGAACAGUG